AGGAAACUGCUGCUUCGCGUGGGCGACGACCAUCUAAAUUUUGGGGGAAAUGAUAAGAUGUUCUUAUCACGAGCGGCGUCGGAUGUCACGUUCGUUUGCGAUGGAGAUGUCGAACUUCCGGCGCAUCGCUUCCUUCUCUGCAGUAAAAGCCUCAUGUUUAACAGAAUGUUUAAACAUGACAUGAAGGAGGCACAAGAAGGGAAAAUAAUCGUCGAAGACAUUUCCGCCCCAAUUUUGACGGAAUUUUUGCGUUUUUUGUACUGCCGGAGAGUUGACUCGUUGGAAGGUGGUCAGCCAGAUCAGCUCUUGAUUGAGGAACUGUUCAAGGUGGCGGAAAAAUAUGAUGUUCCGACGCUCAAAGACCUUUGCGAGAGGCGUCUCGUCCAAGAUGUGGGUGUCGAAAACGCUGCGGAAAUGUACUGUCUGGGCGACAUGUACAACGGAGACGUCUUGAAGGAGCAAGCACUCAGGAUUAUGAUCAGGUGGAGAAGUUACUCCCUAUGCGAAUGCAGACCUCGCCAUGAAACUGCUGCUUCGCGUUGGCGACGACGAUGCAAAUUUUGGCGGGUAUUCAUUUGUUCUUAUCACGAGACGUGUCCGACGUUACUUUCAUUUGCAAUGGUAAUGUCGAACUUCCCGCGCAUCGCUUCCUCCUCUGUAGUAAAAGCCCCGUCUUCGAGAGGAUGUUUAGACACGACAUGAAGGAGGCGAAAGAAAGAAAAAUAAUUGUGGACGACAUUUCUGCCCCAGUUUUGAAGGAAUAUUUACUUUUUCUGUACUGCCAGAAGGUUGAGAAAGCCGAGGAUGGUCACACACUGAUAGAGGAACUAUUCAAGGUCCCGGAAAAGUAUGAUGUUCCUUCGCUCAAAAAUACAUGCGAACAAAACCUCGUGGAAAAUGUGGGUAUGAAAAACGCUGCGAAACUGCACUGCCUUGCCGACAUGUAUAACGGAGACGUCUUAAAGGAGCAGGCACUCAGGGUUAU